GUGCGCAACUUUUGAAGGCUAAAUACUAUCCAAAUGGAAGCUUAAUUGACACUGUGUUCACAGGUAAUGCCUCGUCAACAUGGCAAGCGAUUGAGUAUGGAUUGGAAUUACUGAAGAAAGGUAUCAUUUGGCGAGUGGGAAACGGAGUGAUGAUUCGAGCAUGGCGCGACCCCUGGAUACCAAGAGGGAAUCACAAGACAGGGGCACCUCGGCGAUGUUGUCGAUACCGAUGGGUAUCUAACUUCAUACAGCCAGAUGGCACCUGGGACACACAGCGUGUGCAACACUUCUUUUUGGCUGAUGAUGCUGCAGAGAUACUGAAGAUUAAGCCAUCCACUCGUAAUGAUGCCGAUUUCCUAGCCUGGAGCUUGGAGAAGCAAGGUAUCUUCACGGUGCGCAGCGCUUACCGCCUGGCUUUCCAAGAGCAAAUGCACGAGCGCGGACUGGAAGCCACAAGCAUACGGCCACAUGGGGAGAGACCAAUUUGGAGGCUAAUAUGGAAGUGCCCUGUACCCCCAAGAGUGCAGAACUUAGCAUGGAAGAUUGGGAGCAACUCGCUUGCCACUCAAGCCAACAAAAACCGCAGGGGCAUCAGAACUCCAGCAACCUGCCUCAUCUGUGGCCAGGAGAACGAAGACACUUACCAUGUGUUUAUUAGAUGCCCACAUGCCCGCCAUCUAUGGCAGGCUAUGAGAGAGGGUUUAACUGAAGAACAACGAGCGAAGACACUUAUGCUGCUUUGGCGGAUUUGGUAUGUGCAUAAUGAAAUUACUCACCAGAAGCCUGCACCAACAGUCGAAGGUUCCAGGCGGUUCCUGAUGAGCUACCUAGAGUCACUACUAAUCAUCAAGCAACACCCUGAGAAGGAUUUGGAGAAAGGGAAGAUUGUCGUCUCCCAUGAUACAGGGUUCAGGCGAGACAAGAAGGACACUGAAUGCUGCAAAACAACUCGGAGGAAAUGGGAACCACCCAUGCAGGGUGAAGUGAAAUUGAGCGUAGAUGGCUCAUGGUCCUCGCAAGGAACGGCUGGUGCUGGCAUGGUGGUCAGGGAUCACAAAGGUGAGGUUCUGGUGGCAUCUUGCAGGCAACUUCUUGAGUGCCAGGAUGCUACUGAAGCGGAACUCACAGCGGUGGAGGAAGGCAUGAAGCUGGCCUUAAUCUGGACGAGCCUGCCGAUCAUCGUCGAAACCGACUGUGCUUUGGCGUUGGAGUUAAUAAAUGGCAGUACACCGAAUAUUUCUGUGUAUGCCUUCCAAGUCUCAAGGAUUAGAGAUCUAGUUAGGGAAAGAGAGUGCAAGUGUGUGAAAAUAGACAGGACAGUAAAUCGUGUUAGUCAUGAUCUAGCGCACGUAGGUAGAGUACAGGCAAAAACACAAGUUUGGCUUAGGCAAUCCCCUCCUGAGGUUGCUGCAGCUGUAGCCUUUGAUUGUAUUUCUAUCCCCAGUUAAUAAAGCUUUCUUUU